UCCGUGCAGCUAUUUCGUUCAUUUGUGCGCAGCAACGCCUCCUUUCUGUCAAAGCAGGGCUUCAUAGGAGCGCAUUACAGUUGACCGAUGGGACACAAUCUGAGGGUCACCCGGUGCGACGAGGCAACAUAAAGACGAGCCGCUGUGUUUACAGCAACGAAUCAUUUUGAGAGAGAGGAAGAGCAGAUUUUGGUCCGACGUAACCCGUAGUACUUUGGGAAAAGUUCUGUCUGAGCCGCAGGGGAACGGGUGGAAAUGCUUUUCGUGCUUUAACAGGGGCCACCAGCUGAGCGUUACGCGCGACGAGUGUCGCGCAUUUGGGGCAGAAGAGACUGAACAAACCAUAUAUAUACACCUGCCUCCGUGGACCUUAAAGAACUCAAACACGCCUGAACGGGAAGGAUUAGGUGCUCAUCUGAAUUUCUAAGUAAUACGGAUAUAUAUCAUUGAUUCUAAAUGAAAAAUGAAAGAGCCCUUCAAACGCGCGCAGAAUUCACCAUGACACAGAUUGAUUUUCCGGUGUAAGUGUUGCACAGAGGGUGCAUAUGUGUUGUUUUUAAAGCAGAGGUCUGUCACCCCUGAGCGAAGCAUCCGGACAGCUGGAUCUGGAGCGCUGUGCUGUUUGAAGCUUUCUGCAGAAUAACACUGAAGCGAUGAGUCGCAUCAUCCAUCCGCAGGUGUUGAGCAUCUGGAUUACGCUCAUCUCCAGAGCGACGGCUGACCUGACCUGUGACGCUCUGCUCCUACUCUCCACAAAUCUCACAGCUCGCACUUUAUUCCUUUGGAAUCAGACGUCCACACCGACCAACUCCACAGGUCUCUUCUGUAACACAUCUAUCGAUGGCAUUGGCACGUGUUGGCCCAGGAGCAGUGCUGGAGAAGUGGUGUCCCGUCCCUGCCCUGAGACCUUCCUCGGAGUCAGAUACAACACCACAAAUAAUGUGAUCAGAGAAUGUCUUGCCAAUGGGACCUGGGCGAAGAAGGGAAACUAUUCACUAUGUCAAGAAAUACUCACAGAGGAGAAAAGGAGCAAGCUGCAUUACCACAUUGCAGUCAUCAUAAACUACUUGGGACAUUGUAUAUCACUGGGAGCCCUGCUGGUCGCCUUCAUCCUCUUCAUGAGACUCAGGAGUAUCCGGUGCCUGAGAAAUAUCAUCCACUGGAACCUGAUUACGGCGUUUAUCCUGCGGAAUGCCACCUGGUUUGUGGUGCAGCUCACCAUGAAUCCCGAGGUGCAUGAGAGCAACGUGAUCUGGUGCAGGCUGGUAACAGCGGCAUAUAAUUAUUUUCACGUGACCAACUUCUUCUGGAUGUUUGGAGAAGGCUGUUAUCUACACACGGCCAUCGUACUGACCUACUCCACCGACAAACUCAGGAAGUGGAUGUUCAUCUGCAUAGGCUGGUGUAUUCCAUUUCCAAUUAUAGUUGCCUGGGCCAUGGGAAAACUCUACUAUGACAAUGAAAAAUGCUGGUUUGGGAAGCGGGCUGGCGUUUACACUGACUAUAUUUACCAGGGUCCCAUGAUCUUGGUUUUGCUGAUUAACUUCAUUUUUCUCUUCAACAUUGUGAGGAUACUAAUGACUAAAUUGAGGGCCUCCACAACUUCAGAGACCAUUCAGUACAGGAAAGCAGUGAAGGCCACACUGGUUCUUCUGCCUUUGCUGGGCAUCACCUAUAUGCUGUUCUUUGUUAACCCUGGCGAAGAUGAGAUUUCACAGGUCGUCUUCAUCUACUUCAACUCCUUCUUAGAGUCCUUUCAGGGCUUCUUUGUGUCGGUGUUUUACUGCUUCCUAAACAGUGAGGUGCGGUCAGCUGUGCGUAAGCGCUGGCAUCGCUGGCAGGACAAGCACUCCAUCCGGGCACGCGUGGCUCGGGCCAUGUCUAUUCCUACAUCCCCCACCCGAGUCAGCUUCCACAGCAUCAAACAGUCGUCCGCUGUCUGACCUCAGCAGAAGUGAUGUGUUCCUUUUCGUUUCUUGUGUACCAUCCUCAGAUAACCCUCCACACCUUCUCCAGAACCCAGGGAUAACAGCUAAGGGCCAAACAGGGUAUGAUCCUCCGCUGAAACACACAUGAACAACAACUGUGUACACAGACAGUAAAGGCCGCCUCCUGAGAACGCAAGCACUUGUGGUCUUAUUCAGAAAGGAAAGAUAAAGGUGGCACAGAUGAUGAAUACAUACAGUCAGGGUGUAUUUUGUUAAAUGGCCAAAGUUAUAAUACACAUCCUCCUCUCAUCCUGAUCACCCGAUAGAAGAAAUUAUUCCUAACUCUUUUCCAGAACUCGGAUCGGAUUAUGAUAAUAUGGAAGACAACAUGGCCAAAAGUGCAAACAUCACAUUUUUGGGAUGAGUCAGUGACCUUCAGAAUCUAAACAGGAGCAAAUCCCAGGAGCUAAAUUGUGGAAAGCGUCUCAAAUUCACAGAUGCUGUUAUAGCACCAAAGAGAGGACCAACCAUGUAUUAAUGCGUAUGGUUUUGGGAAUGAAAGUGUGUUCUGGUGUCCACAUAUAUUUGGUGUAUUAGUUGUAGGUGUUAGUUUUAAUAGAAUCACAUAAAAAGACUAAAACAGCCGUUUUCCGUUAAAAAUAAUUGGAAACCUGACUGAUUUCAAGAAACUGCAUAUGUCUCGGAUUUCUCUGUGAACGCUCUUUAUCGAUAUGGACUGUUUUAACUGGAUAUGACCGAUGUAAAUAUUACAGACUUUUCUUUAGGUUUUUCAGAUUGUGAUUAUAUAUUUUUGUUACACUUUCCUUGCUGCUCUAUGGUGUCCAAAUGAUUGCAAAUAGUGAUCCCAGUCGUUCCCAAAAACCCAUCCGUGAUAAAAACUCACCCAACAUGGAAGACUCAGCGCUUUGAAAUUACGAGUGAAUCUAUUGCUGUAUUGUGCAAUUCCUUUGGGACAAAACGUUGUAAACAAUUUCUACAAAGAUGAGCGGUAUAUGUUGAUGUUUCCAUGCUUGUUUGCAUCCUGGAUUCAAGGAUCUACGAACCCCAGGGAAAUAAGGAAGGAAGCUCACAGGAACAGAAGACCUUCCCAAAACACUCUUGAGAUGGACGACCCACAAGCUAAACCGCAACGCAUUCUUUGAAAUAUUGGGUCAAGAACAACGCUAGAUUUAUCUUGCAUUUGAAGUGAAGCAGGCGAUUGAAUGUAUUCAAUUAUCUGUUUCUGUGUUCACACUUUUAUUCAAAUAAUUCUUAUAUUUCCAAGCAGAGAUGAUUGGGACACAAGAUGCCUGAUAUAUUACAAUCAAGCUACAUUUUGACAUUUAUGUUAGUGCUAUUGUUAUUGAUGUCAUAGUGUUAGGUGUUGAAUUCUGGACAGCAGGGAAAUUGCAUAUUCUUAAUCAAUAUUUCUAUCUUGUUCUUACGUAAAAAUGUCUAAAUGUUUUUUCCUAAACAAAAUCUGGUAACAAUAAGGUGCUAUUAGUCAACAUUAGUAAAUACAUUAGCAAACAUUAGCUAACAAUGAACAUUUUCAUUUUUCCAUAUUUAUUAAUCCUUGUUGAUGUAAGUUCAUGUCAAUACAAUUAUUCAUGUUAGGUCAUGGUGCAUUAACUAAUGCUAACAGUGACAACGUUUGAUUUGAAUAAUGUAUUAGUAAAUGCUGAAUUGAACAUUUAAUGCUGUAGAAGUAUUGUUCAUUGUUAGUUCAUGUUAGCUAAUGCAUGUUAUUAAAUAGCACCUUAAUGUUAAGUGUUACCCAAAAUCUAUGAUGGUUGAGUCAAAUAUGGACAUUUUCUGGGUUUUCAAUGCUUGGGUUCGUUCAUAUUUUACCCAACAGUAGGUUGAAACAACCCAGCAUUUUUUAGAGUGUGCUUAAAAUCAGGACAGAAAUACUGAUCAUUGUUUUUGCAGUGGACCAUUUGUUUUUUUCUCCUAAGCCUUUUCUUUGUGUGAAAACGUCUCUAAAUUAACGUCUUUUGUGGUUAUCUAGGAACAUAUUCUCCAUUUCAUUGCCCCAUCUAAUGUCAGCUUCAGCAAAAUCUUUUUCUACCCAAUGAGUGAGUCAAAACAGUUCUUGAGCUUAUUUUAACAUCCAUCCUUGUGCUGAAAUUCUCACUAAGCCUGAGCCACCAAUGACCGCCUCCUGUAACCGCUCUCUGCUGACUCGGCACUAAAACGCAGAUACGAUGCCUUUUGUGCUGCAUGGAUUCAAUCAAUCACAUCUGAUAGGGAUUGAAGGAGAGCAAGGUUAGUUCAAAAAACUGACUCAGGACCUUCAUAUGCUUCUGUGCUCUCUGACCUUCUCAACACACUUGUGCUUGAAUUGUAUAAAGUCUUCAGCAUAUACAGCUUUAAAGGGAUAGUUCACCCAAAAAUUUAAAUUUUGUCAUCAUCCUCUUGUCAUUUCAAACCUGUAUGUCUUUUUUACUUUUGCAGAACAAAUGUAUAUAUUUAAAAAAUAUAUUUUGAAGAAUUUGGGUGAACUGUGGUACUGUUUUGUAUGGACAAAACCAAUGCAAGUAAAUGGGAACCGCCGUUGUUCGGUUACCAACCUUCUAAAGAUAUUUUCUUUUGUGUUCUGAAGAAGAAAGUAUUUUCAUUUUUGGGUGAACUAUCCCUUUAACAUGCACUUCAUCCGUGCUUUUCGUUGACAUGUCUAGAAUCGCCAUAUGUAUGAUAUUCCCAUAUAGUUGUGUACAUACAGUAUGAGUGGUACUAAGCUCGCAUUGUGGAGUUUGCUUUUUCUGAAAAAGACCAAUCUCGUGUUUCUGCAAGUAAACAGGAAAACACUUCUGUAUUAGUGUUUUAGUAUGGUACUUAGACUAAUACAGUGUCUUGACCAGGGGCGAUACACUAAUGGUGUGUUCACACCAAACGCGAACAAUCUGACGAUCUUUAUCACUCGCGGAAAAAGGUUGAGUGGGGCGAGCUGACAAAUAUUUUCAACUUGCACGGAAAAUGCAAUUGAUGCAUCAAUCAGUUUGCAUUGACUUCGUGUGUAAUUUACUCACGCAAAUCGCUUAAUUUGCGUUUGGUGUGAACCCAGCAUAUGUUUCCAGCAUUAAGUAGUUUUCUCUUUUAUCGAGGAAAACUAAAACAUUUCAUUUUCUCUAUCACUGUUUCAUCGCACUUACUUUUCUGUUAAGCAGUGUUACUAUUUUGCAGUAUUACGAUUUAAAAGGCCUGUAGUGAAAUCCAGCCAAAAAUGUCAGUGAUAAAAUAAACAAUUAUGACAUUCCAUUCACUCCAGUUAAAAUAGCAAACAUGAUUCAAUCUCUUUUUAAAUGACUAUUUAAAUAUUUACAAGGAAACUAAAAAUAGCUUAUCGCUGAGUAGCAAAGCUCCAAGAUGCAGCAGUGAGAAAUAUAACGGAAAGCAGAAGAGCUUUGCUUACACGUACAACUUUAAUUGUGUUUGCCAGUAAAUGUGAAAUACUGUCACCUUGGGUCAGAUUUAGCAGUGCUGGCCUUAGGGCUUCAUAGCACAGACGUAUUACAUUAGCCUUUGCCUCACUAUUUAAAGCACUUUAAUAGUAAACAGCUUUCACAAUUGAAACCGGGUUACAGGUUAAAAUGCCCUCUAAGGAGACAUAUAUAAAUAGUAUAUUAUCUAAAUUUGUGACAUGUGUAGUGAAUUAGAUGUUUGUUGGAGCUUUAGUGUCCAUAAGUGUGUGCAGUGUCUCAUCUAUUCAUGCACUACAGUAAGAAGAUAAUUCCAUGUAUUUUUGAAAUAAUUAUUCAUUUUAAUAUGGAAAAGUAGCGAUACAGUUUUUCGAUCGAGAACAUUACACGUAGAUUCUAAUUGCAGAUUUUACUAAUGUUCAGAACUGAGGAUUUUUUAAUCAAGCUCUUAUUUCAUGAUAACAUAUGUGGGAUUUAACCCAAACUCUUUCUGCAACUUUUAUGAUAUGAAUGAUACAUCGUGCUUGUUGAGGGGAGGUGUGCUGUCACUUUUCUAGUCAGAUUUGCUAUGUUGAACAUGAGGAGGAUAAAAACGUAAAAGAAAGUCAAAAGAAAUCCGGUUGUUUUAAGUGGGACUGUGCUGUGAGCUCUUUUGAUUUCUUCCUAAAACUAAUGGACAAGGGCGAGCACUGCUUCCGUUCUCUUCAGAAAGCCAAAACCCAACAUGAUUUUAUGGGAGAACUUAACAUUUUACGUAUUGGUGGAUUUGAAUGAGAAUCAGCCAAAAAACAUACGAUUAAAGGAGCAAUGUGGAGAUUCUAGCGGCAUCUACUGGUGAGGUGGUAAAUUGCAACCAACGGCUCACACCCCCCUCCCUUUUGAAGAAUUUUGGCAGCUUUGACAGGACAAAUAUGUUGUCGCAUUUUCGCUUCUUUUCUGAAGUAUAUAGCGUAUUCACAAAACGUGAUCAGUAGACUAGUUUAUCUGUUUAGGACUACUGUAGAAACAACAUUGCGAAUUCCGUAUAAGGCGACCCGCAGUAUAGGUAGAUUGAAAUAGCUCAUUCCAAGUAAUAACAACUUUACGCUGUAUUAUGUAAGAUCUUUAUACACAUCUGAAGACAUAGUUAUGUAUAUUAUCUAACAUUUCUGUCAAUAGAUCCUCUUAAAUAUUACACACAGCACCUUUAAUAGACAAAAGCAUGAAUGAAGGUCCACACUUAAACUUAAUAUCACUUGGCGAAUGCAGAUUGAAAUACAUCUUACAAAUGAAAUCAUACGAAUUAUGCACCAAGUGUUUUGCAAAACUUUGAUAUUUUUGCAAUUCCAGAUGGUUAUACUAUGGAUUUAAUCUAAGAUUCUGUGGCCUCUAUGUAGUAGCCUACUAUUUUCUGCUACUGAGUAAUUUGAUUUAUCCUUCCUUUUUCAUUUUGGCUUUUGAUUGAAACGUUGGUCACGUGACCACCAUACAAUAGCCAUCAUAUAUCAUUCCAUAGCAGACGUUGUCGUCCAUACCAGCGGGGUUCAAUCCGGUUCCUCAAACAUGCCUUAAAGAUACACAAAGACAGUUUCUUCUUAUGAUUUAUGAUUUAUUGAUAUACUUCUAAUGCACAAAAGUAAAGAUUCAGACUCGUUCUUGGUCAGGUCAGGUUAUGUAUCCUGCAUACAGAGCUGUGAGUUUUCAGUAUUAUUUUGAUCUGUUAAUGUUAUCUCUUCUGUAAGUGGAGUAACGUGGAGAGUGCUUUUCUCACCCCUUGAUUCUCAGAAGCAACACUGCUGUCCGUUUCCUUAUUUAUUUUGCUCUCCAAAGUCAUGGCAUGUAGAGAGGGGCAGAACAAGUACAUGCGUGGUAGCUCUAUUUGUAACACGAUGUCAAUAAGAGUUCUUUUCGGGUAUUUCUGUUGUGUUUAGUCGCUCAUGUGAAAGUGUAUAAAAAGAAAGUAUUUAUUUAUAAAUAUAUGGCACAGAAAAUAUAUAUUUAUCUCACUAUUUAAAUAAAGGUCAGAAUACACAAGCCUGCACACGUGACUUAUGUAAGUAUAUCCAUUACAUUAAUGUCCAGAAUGGGUAAAACAUGUAAAUGUGUCUUGCUUUUUCGUGAAUCUGUGAGACAAUCUUGCCAUUUUCGGUCAUAUUCUGCAGAGCUUCGAGAACAUUCUAUUUAUUACUUUUGUUUCUCUUUCAUUUAUGACUAUGUUUGAUGUUUGAAAGAAUUUAGGAACUGUACAGAAAUGUAUAUGAAUCAGCUACACAAAGAGUCAAAUGUUGAAGGCAUAUGGUACUGUGCUGAUCAAGAUGUGCAUUAAAUAGUUUUUCCUUUU